UGCUUUCGGUUUUUCCAGCCCUGAGUCUGUCCAGGCGCCUGGGCGACCGCGGGGACCGCGCCCCACAGACCCCCUUGGGACGCAGCUGAGCGGCGCGGGGAGAUCUGCCCAGGCCUGGGCACCUGCGUGCAUUGGGCCCGCACUGUCCCGUCCCCAGAGCUGCCGCCACCCGGUGCGUGCAGCAGGCACCCAAGUGUUGAGUUCCCCAGCCUGCACCCGGAGACAGCCCCAGGAUGUCUCAGUGGUACGAACUUCAGCAGCUGGACUCCAAGUUCCUGGAGCAGGUCCACCAGCUGUACGACGAUAGCUUUCCCAUGGAAAUCAGACAGUACCUGGCCCAGUGGCUGGAAAAGCAAGACUGGGAGCACGCGGCCAACGAUGACUCCUUUGCCACUAUCCGCUUCCAUGACCUCCUCUCUCAGCUGGACGAUCAGUACAGCCGCUUUUCUCUGGAGAACAAUUUUUUGUUGCAGCAUAACAUCAGGAAAAGCAAGCGCAAUCUUCAGGAUAACUUCCAGGAAGAUCCUGUACAGAUGUCCAUGAUCAUCUAUAACUGUCUGAAGGAGGAGAGAAAGAUUUUGGAAAAUGCUCAAAGAUUUAAUCAGGCGCAGGAGGGGAAUAUUCAGAACGCCGUCAUGUUAGAUAAACAGAAGGAGCUAGGCGGUAAAGUCAGAAGCGUGAAGGACCAAGUCAUGAGCAUAGAGCAUGAAAUCAAGACCCUAGAAGAUUUACAAGAUGAAUAUGACUUUAAGUGUAAAACCUCGCAGAACAGAGAAAGUGAAGCCAAUGGCGUGGCGAAGAAUGACCAGAAACAGGAACAGCUGCUGCUGCACAAGAUGUUUCUAAUGCUCGACAACAAGAGGAAGGAGAUAAUUCACAAGAUCAGAGAGCUGUUGAACGCCAUUGAGCUCACUCAGAACAUCCUGAUUAACGAUGAGCUCGUGGAGUGGAAACGAAGACAGCAGAGCGCCUGUAUUGGGGGGCCGCCCAACGCUUGCCUCGAUCAGCUGCAGAGCUGGUUCACCAUUGUCGCAGAGAGUCUGCAGCAGGUUCGCCAGCAGCUUAAAAAGCUGGAGGAGUUGGAGCAGAAGUUCAACUACGAACAGGACCCCAUUACAAAAAACAAGCAGGUGUUGUCGGACCGCACCUUCGUCCUCUUCCAGCAGCUCAUCCAGAGCUCAUUCGUGGUGGAACGACAGCCAUGUAUGCCAACUCAUCCCCAGAGGCCGCUGGUUUUGAAGACUGGGGUGCAGUUCACUGUGAAGUUGAGACUGUUGGUGAAAUUGCAAGAGCUGAAUUAUAAUUUGAAAGUGAAAGUCUCAUUUGAUAAAGACGUGAACGAGAAGAACACAGUGAAAGGGUUCCGGAAGUUCAACAUUCUGGGCACGCACACAAAAGUGAUGAACAUGGAAGAGUCCACCAAUGGAAGCUUGGCAGCGGAGUUCCGACACCUGCAACUGAAAGAACAGAAAAAUGCUGGGAACAGAACCAAUGAGGGACCUCUCAUUGUCACUGAAGAACUUCACUCUCUUAGCUUUGAAACCCAGCUGUGCCAGCCAGGCUUGGUAAUUGACCUUGAGACCACCUCUCUGCCUGUCGUGGUGAUCUCCAACGUCAGCCAGCUCCCCAGCGGUUGGGCGUCCAUCCUGUGGUACAACAUGCUGGUGACAGAACCCAGGAAUCUCUCCUUCUUCCUGAACCCGCCGUGUGCGCGCUGGUCCCAGCUCUCAGAGGUGCUGAGCUGGCAGUUUUCGUCGGUCACCAAGCGAGGUCUCAACGCAGACCAGCUGAGCAUGCUGGGAGAGAAACUUCUGGGUCCUAACCCUGGCCCUGACGGUCUUAUUCCGUGGACAAGGUUCUGUAAGGAAAAUAUCAACGAUAAAAACUUUUCCUUCUGGCCUUGGAUCGACACCAUCCUAGAGCUCAUUAAGAAGCACCUGCUGUGCCUGUGGAAUGAUGGGUGCAUCAUGGGCUUUAUCAGCAAGGAGCGAGAACGGGCCCUACUCAAGGACCAGCAGCCAGGGACGUUCCUGCUUAGGUUCAGUGAGAGCUCCCGGGAAGGGGCCAUCACGUUCACAUGGGUGGAGCGGUCCCAGAAUGGAGGCGAACCCGACUUCCACGCGGUUGAACCCUACACGAAGAAAGAACUUUCAGCUGUAACUUUCCCGGAUAUUAUUCGCAAUUACAAAGUGAUGGCCGCUGAGAAUAUUCCAGAGAACCCCCUGAAGUAUCUGUACCCCAAUAUUGACAAAGACCAUGCCUUCGGGAAGUAUUACUCCAGGCCAAAGGAAGCCCCCGAACCGAUGGAGCUCGAUGACCCCAAGCGAACUGGAUACAUCAAGACUGAGUUGAUUUCUGUGUCUGAAGUCCACCCUUCUAGACUUCAGACCACAGACAACCUGCUUCCCAUGUCUCCAGAAGAGUUUGACGAGAUGUCCCGGAUAGUGGGCCCUGAUUUUGACAGUAUGAUGAACGCAGUAUAAACACGAAUUUCUCUCUUUGGAGACGUUUUCCUUCCCAUCUGUGAUUACCUCCUGCUACUCUUCCUUCACAUGCUGUAUUUCUAGGGAAAUGCAAGGAAGAACAACGCGUCUGUUGCACCCUGCAGAUAGCAAGUGGAUAUUUCUCUGAUUAGAAAGCUGUUACUCUGAAGGACUUCAUGCAUCUUACUGAAGGUGAAACGGAAAGCCACUUACGAAAAGUAGAUUUUGUGAACAAAAGACCAGAGAUCCACCCAAGGCAUCAGGACUAGAAUGCGAGUGUUUUGGGAAAGGUGAGGAAUAUAAUAACAUCUAGUAAAGGCUGCGUAGUCAGUGCUCAACUGCUACACAUCACUGGACAGAUACACAGUUAUGGGGAACCUUCUUGAUACAGGAUAUUUCUGUCCUGAAGAUACUGGCAUGUCCACUCUGCUUUAUGGCUGGAAGUUUACCUAUGGCACAGUUCAAAGCCAACUUUACAUGCAGUGAUAUAUCAAACUAUAGUGGACAUCCUUCAUCUGAGUGGGAGGAAACAGUUGUGUUCUUAUGUCUUCUGUGUUGGCCAUGUAAAACUAAAGACACGAUUCUCUUCAGGGAAUUAGCUUUGUUGUUGGUUAUGGCUAAAUGAAACUAAACACCCAUAGAA